GUUGUUGUUAUUGUUUCUUGGAGUGGCAUCGUUCUCUUUCUGUUUAGUGCAUUCUGAUGCACUUUUCCUUCGACCCAAAUCGAGAGGACGCUUGAGUGGCUGAUAGCGUUGUCCUUCCCACCCGCCUACUGCGACUUGUUGGCUUCGUCGGACUGGACAGGAACGAGAAAGUGGAAGAUGAGUUUCUACUCGUUCAUUGUGAUGAUUUUUUUCAAUCGUUCUUUCAUCAUUCGAAUUGCUUUACCACCCCCCUCGUUGAGGGAGGUCCGUGAGAGAGAAAAAAGUGCAAUGAUUUUAAUUGGAAAAUGAUGGUGACAAGUGCUGGGAGGUGAAUUGAAUCGAUCCAGGUAUCAGUGAAUCAAAAAUCGCAUUGAAUGGUCUUAGAAUGAGUGAUAAAAAUCAACGAAGUGAAUUGGUGUAGUAGUGAUGAAAUUAAAUAUAGCAACCAGUUUCGAGUGAAUCUAUGUGCUGAAAACGCAAACAGCGAAAAUGUCAAUAAAGGUGAAGGAAUUUCGCCACCUGUGAACGUUCAAAAGUGCUCAGAUUUGCAGCCCCAGAAUACCCGGAAAGAGGAUUAUUUUGGAUUUUUUUCUCCUCCGUCAUCGGAACCGAGACCAGCCGGGGUCGAACGGUUCCAAACCGCGUCAGAAGGCACACACACACGAGCAGCAGAGAUAUACCUGCCUAUCUGUAUCUAUAUAGCAGCAGCAGCAGUUGGUGCAGUAAGAAGUGAGCAGCAGCUGAAACUUGGGAAAAAUAUAUAGCAGAACAGCAAAACCAGAUUAGACCACCGCACCCACGAUGGACGAGCGUCGGGUGGCGGAUUACUUUGUGGUAGCCGGUAUGCCGGAGAACCCCAAGCUGCUGAAGGAGAACAUCUUCAACGAUUCGUCCCACCUGCGGUCGGCGGUCACCAUCGAUCCCAUCACCGACAUCGGUGUGUUCUUCCCGUCGCUGGGUGAAAAAAUUCCCGCAGACUACGAAGUGCUGGAAAACACACCGACCGGUCUGCUGGCAGAUCUCAACUAUGGUUCCGUGCGGACCACGGCCUGCUUCAUAUACUAUCGGCGGGGGAAGGACAAACCGCCGCUGGUCGAUAUCGGGGUCAUGUACGAAGAAGCCGAUCGAAUCAUGCCCGAUGCGGAGAUCGUGCAUUACACUCCCGGCGAUCGGUUGGCCAAUGUUAACAAUUCGUCCUCCAAAACGUUCCUCACAUUUCGGAGGGCUAAGAAUGACAUGCCCUGCAACGAGCUGGUCGUCACCGAUAUGUGCGUGGUGAUACCGUCCAAGGGAGAGAAACCACCGCAUGCCUUUUGUAUGAUCCACAAGACGCUCAACAAGGGCCUCAUGGGCAGUGACGUGUAUCUGUGCUACAAAAAGUCCAUGAACCGUCCGAAGCUCAUCAGCUAUCAGCCGGAGAUUUUGCACCGGUAUCCCACGGUGGACCACAACGAUUUCCCGCUAAAUCUGUGCCCCAGUGUGCCACUGUUUUGCCUCCCGAUGGGAACCACUUUGGAAGCAUGGCCUCACGUGCCGGGCGGUGAUGGAAAGCUGAAACGCAAACCCAUCCAGCCUAUUUUUAGCACCUUCGUGCUAACAGUCAACGAUGGAACCUACAAAGUGUACGGUUCGGCCUUAACGUUCUACGAGGACUUCGAUGAACAACUACUGAACGAUCAGCAACGAGAGCUGCUCGAAUGGGGUCCGGAUUCACAUAAAACCCAUUCCCUGCAUGUGAACAAAUCGAUCUGCCUGCUGUCCAGGUGGCCGUUUGGUGAUACCUUCGAAAAAUGGCUUCAAUUUUUGCACCAAAUUUCAAUCUUUAACGAACCACAUACGGUUUCGAUCGAGCGCAACAUUACACAUCUGCUCGACGAAGUGCCAUUCCCGUCCCCGAGUAUCAUGCUACAGUUAUCCAACUUGAGCAACGAUCGUAUUCUGCUCACCCUUCCGGAGGACUCUCCUCUUCCUCGGAGCGGAGCCGGAUUCCGCCAACUGCUCUCAAACCUAGGAACGGAGAACUGUCUACAUGUUCUGCUCCUGGUGAUGACCGAACAGAAGAUUCUGAUCCACUCCCUUAGACCUGCCACGUUGACGGCCGUCGCCGAGGCUGUCUCAUCUUUCCUCUUCCCCUUCAAAUGGCAAUGUCCCUACAUUCCCCUGUGCCCACUGGGACUGGCUGAGGUUCUCCACGCACCGCUGCCCUAUCUGAUUGGAGUGGAUUCCAGAUUCUUCGAUCUGUAUGAACCUCCCAAUGAUGUGACCUGCGUCGAUCUGGACACGAACACGAUCGGAUUGUGUGAAUCACAGAAGCAUCUCAACACCAAACUACUACCUAAGCGAGCGGCUCGCAUCCUAAGGCAGACCCUGAGAAACCUAGAAGAACUCAAUCAAUCCAGCUCGAACGAAUCAUCCAACAGCUUGGAUCGAGAUUUCAAAAAGAAAAAACGCGAACAAAAUCUUGAACAACGAAUACAGGAAGCGUUUUUGCAGUUCAUGGCUUCGAUUCUGAAGGGCUACAGGGAUUACUUGGUACCGAUUUCGAAGGCACCGACCAGUCGGGCCACCGAUCCGGACGCUCUGUUUCAGAUGAAUGCAUUCUUGAGAUCGCGGGACAAAGCUCAUCACAAAUUCUUUCAAAUGCUCAUGAAAACGCAAAUGUUCAUCAAGUUUAUCGAGGAACGAUCGUUCGUGUCCGAUGGCGAUCACAACCUGGCAUUCUUCGACGAGUGCGCAGAAAAAGUAAGUGCCUUUGAGGAUACUCCCACAGAGAUCAAAUUGAUCGAGUGGGAUUCUGGCCACGGUAGCGAGCGAACCAAAUACAUUCUGCCACCGGAAUGCCAACCGGGGAUGUCGGAGAAGGGCUUCAUUUACGGUUCGUUCGUUUUGAAUCCUAUUCUACUGAAACAAUCCCGCCGGAGUCUAUUGGCAAACGCGCUGCAACAUCACAACAGUUUAGCGCCCGGUUCACCAAUGGCCCGUCGUACAAAACAUGAGAUUAAAACGGCACAGAAGUUGGCCCGAAAGAAUCAAGGCAACCCUGAACUGUGGGCCAAGCACCUGCUGGCAGCCUGCUAUUCCAUCUACUUCAUGAUUCUGCCCAGCUUGAUCUCUGAAAACGCCGGCCGAGAACACGCCAUUUUGAAGGCAGCCUACGACCUGCUGGGGAAGGCCUGCAAACUGAAGAUUCAGUGCGAUGAAGUCUGCUACCGCAUCAUGAUGCAAUUGUGUGGAAUGCACAAUCUGCCUGUACUGGCGGUGCGCCUGCAUUAUCUCAUGAAACGCUCGGGAAUUCAACCGAAUGCCUUAACCUACGGCUUCUAUAAUCGUUGCGUGCUGGAAGCGCAAUGGCCGUCGGACUCCAUCCUCUCCAGUCAAAUGCGUUGGAAUCGGCUUCGGAACAUCGUAAUGGGCGCAGCACACUUCAAACGUGCUGGCAAAAAGUUUGCCGCUCGCCGGAGGCUUUCCGUGUCGCAAGAGAACAACCUUAGCACCCUGGAGUCCGUUGAUGGCACAUCCCGAACAAGUUUGGAUUCGGGAAUCUCCCAAGCAGAACAUCAAUCCAGCUCUGCGAUCGACUUUGCCGCAUUUGAUAAGCUGCGUGGACGUUUAGGGGCGAUAGUGCGGCAAACAUCCGCUCACCAGGAAUCAUCGGAUGUGCUAUCCAGCGCCGGAUUGCUCAUCAGCGGCGAUGCGGGUCAUCUGAAGAGCAGCCCGAAAGAAAAGCAAUCCUCCUUCAAGCCAGCCAGUCCGUGCGAUCUGAGCCCACGUGUAUUGGCUCGAGCGGACAGCUUCGCGGGAGAUUCCAAGUUCAUCGACAAACUGCAGAAGCAAGCGAAGAGCUACCCGAAUGGGAGCGUGACGCCCAACGGCACGAUCGGGGACAGCGCGAUAGCCAAGGUGAAGCGAGCGUUGGAUUUCCAGAACGAGCAUGAAAAUGGUUCACAGGAGGAGCUGCCGGACGACAAAGAGAAUGCCAAGGACAGUCCAACCAAGGUAUCGCCACGCACGUUAGUGACUCAGGACGAUCCGUUGGGUGCGUUGAACGACGACGGAAACGACGAAUUGCUGGAAGUGCAACAGUCCACGGAGAAGCUUUCGUUGAGGGGUGGCCAGAAUGGGAUCCAUCACAACAAUACGAUCUACACGGAUCAACCGAUCCUGUUCAAGGGUCAACGGUCCGCUACGUUCGACGAUUCGCUGCAGCUGAAUAAGAGUAUGCACCGGUCGGAAACAAUGCCCGUAACCAGCUCGGUCACGUCCAGCUUCGCCAGCAUAGGGUCAUCGUUGAAGUUCAAUUUCGGCCGUUACUCACCUGCACGUUUAUCCAUGAAAAAAGAUUUCAAAUCCCUAUCGACGAACGUGAUAGAAAGCAUUUCCAGCGUCAGCCCCAGUCUGACGGGUAAAAAAUCGAGCGACAUUCUUCAGGGAGGUUUGAGCAGUAUCAAAUACGCGGCUACUUCGGUUGCGAAGAAGCUGGACGAAAUCAAGGAAGCCAUUUCGGCAAACACAACACCCGUCAAGACAGGAUCCGGACCGGUGAACGGCAGUAAUGGUCUGGACCGAGAUGGACACGGUUCGGAGAGUGACCUGCUGAACGAAGACGGAAUCAAUGGAAACCGCUCGCGAAGAGUUUCCAGUGAGUUCGAUCUGUGGGGUCGUUUCAGCGAGUCUAGGAAAUCCAGCUACAAUAAUCUAGUGCCUCUUGGGGAGAACACCACGUCCAACAAUAGUUUGAACACAUAUCCCACGCUACCGGACAAUGUCUAUACAACGGUGGCUGAGAUUUCGGAGCCGAACGAAUCCGAUUUCGUCCUACAGAUUACAUCCUGCUCUCAGUGUCACAAUUGUUCAGUGUUAUUGUACGACGAGGAUGUGAUGGCCGGCUGGUCGGCGGAAGAUUCGAAUCUAAAUACAACAUGUCACGCCUGCACCAAAGUAACGGUACCGUUCCUGAACGUUUUCAUCAUUUCCGAAGAACAGAGGACCAACCAAACGACGAUAUCCAAACAGCAACAACCGCCAACGGACGUAAUUAGCGUGCCAUACCUAAAUCCCUUGGUACUUCGAAAAGAACUGGAAAACAUUUUGGUCCAGGAGGGAGACCUAGCGUUGGCCAAACCGAAGUUUGUCGAAGAACAUCCCAUUAUCUAUUGGAACCUGGUGUGGUUCAUGGAGCGAAUCGAUGUCAGUACGCAUUUACCGAACCUUUGUCUGCCGAAGAAGGAAGGAGAAAAUUUGGACCCCCUGAGUAAUCUGAAGACAGUUUCGGUCCAUUGUUUGUGGGACAAUCCACGGUUACACUCGGAGGCUGGACCGGCCAUGUACAUGCUGUGGAGGCAAAACCAGCCGGCUAGUCCUCUGCUGAAGGCUCUCCUCACCGACCAGACCUCCAUCAAUCGAGCUGUCAUGCAGCAAGUCAUAGCUUCGAUCCGUUGCAACGACUUGCUCACUCCCAUCAAGCGGUUAGCCAACGAACGACACAAACUCAAGCACCGUGGCGUCGAUCGCACCCAUUCAAUCUACAGGGACAUCCUGUUCCUGGCGUUUAUUGCCAUCGGACGGUCAAACAUCGAUCUGAUCUCGUUCCACCGAGAGUACGCAGCCGUAUUCGACAAGCUGACCGAGAAGGAGUGCAACACCUACUACCGGAGUCAGGAUCUACCGCCUUCGUCGGCGGCCAUCUUCUGCCGGGCGUAUUUUAAACCGCUGAUGCUACCCUGACCGCAACCGAACCGACUGCGGCACGACCUAACCGUUGGGCCGCAAUCCGGUAUGCUUGGCGGUAGGUAGCUUGGCCAAACGGUCAGACAUAGAGUGGCCUACCUUAGAAGAGUAAGGUAAGUGAUCGCACGUGAUAGGAUCGUUUACCGCAUUGUAAAUUAUUCAAACAAUAGAGAUCAACAAUAAAUUAUGUGUAGGUAAAUGAAAGCAACAGUGCAUUCUCAUCAAUUUCCGCUACCUUAUUAGUAAAAUUAUUGCAUCUCAUCACCUAUUUCGAACAUUGCAAUUACGUAACUUCAAUGUACGAUCAAUCCAUCCUGCUAAUAGGACAAUGAAACUAAGCUGCAUAAGCAGCGAGUUAUAGAUAAUAGAAAGCAAGCUUGACCACAACUCUAAUCACACCACAAACACUAACCCCCCAAUAGAGAAGAAAAAAAAACAUAUGAGAUUAGUCACAGGACCGUUUCCAACCGCUUGGCGACGACAAACAACCCGCAAACAAAUUACAAAUACUUACUUAUGACCCUUAAUUACGACUGUACGCACUUACCUAUCAGGUAAUGGACAGUUAGUGGACAUUUCGACGGAAUUUUUGUGAUACCAAUACGUGAUGAUUCGUUCUUCUUAUACCUAAAUCCUUCGAUUGGCGCAUUUGUAAGAUUUGCGAUCGAUUACCGCAACCGACCUAGGUUUAUGUCAUAUCUUCAUAUUGGCAAUAUAUAGGAGCUUUUUUAAGUGUUAGUAAAGGAUGUUAGCUAAGUAUGGUUAUUGAGAUAAACGCUUCGACAACUUUCUAUUUUGUUAGAUGUACUUUUUACUGGAUUAAGCAAUGUUGUUUUGCGAUCAACUCGGUUAAAUGUUUUACAAACAUAGGUAAUUUAUGGGGGUUCUAUGAUGAGAUGGGGUUGAAUGUUGAACUGUUUCCGAUUGUUUCGCCGGAAGGAGUCGUUUUCUGUUCAAGUACCUACGUAUCACUCUCAGAACUCCCUGGACGUUUAACUUAAGUGUGGCACGCCAGAUCGACCGUUUAAUGGUCAUGUUAGGGUCAAUGGUUUACAAGACAUGGCUGAAAAAUUGGUGAAAAAUUGAGCAAAUACAUGUGCGAAUCAACAAUA